CCACAAAUUCUCAGCUUGCAAUCACAGCUUUGCGCUUUUCAUAUAUCAGUUCAAUGGCUUCAGUUGCUGCAGUGGAUACAAUGCCUGAUGCCUUGAGGCAGAGCCAAUACCAUAUGAAGAGAUGUUUCGACAGGUUUACUGGGAUGGGAAGAAGGCUGAUGAAGUUCCAGCAGUUACAGGAUGAGGUGGAGCAAGCCAUUGAGGAUAAGGUUGAAAGAGCUAAGGUUUUGGAAAGUUCACUUGGUGAUAUCUUGAGUUCAACACAGGAAGCAGCAGUUGUGCCGCCUUUUGUUGCUUUUGCGAUCAGGCACAACCCCGGGGUUUGGGACUAUGUCAAGGUGGAUGCCGGUAGUCUUUCUGUGGAUAUAAUCACGUCGACUGAUUACUUGAAGCUCAAGGAAAUGAUCUUUGAUGACAAGUGGGCAAAGGAUGAGAAUGCAUUGGAGAUAGAUUUUGGUGCAUUUGAUGUUGGAGUUCCAAGACUGGCUCUCUCGUCUUCGAUUGGUAAUGGACUUGGCUACAUCUCAAAGUUCAUGACUUCAAUGCUCGGUGGGAAAACUGAGAGUGCAAAACCUUUGGUUGAUUACCUGCUCACUCUUGAUCGUAAUGGAGAGAAACUUAUGAUCAAUGAGACUCUUAAUACUGUUGAAAAACUCCAAGAAGCAUUGGUGAUCGCAGAAGUUUUCAUAUCUGCCCUCCCGAAAGACACUCCUUACCAGAAUUUUGAGCAGAAGCUUAAAGAAUGGGGCUUUGAGAAAGGGUGGGGGGAUAAUGCAGAAAGAGUUGGACAAACAAUGAGGAUACUAUCUGAGAUGCUUCAAGCACCAGAUCCUAUAAACACAGAAGCAUUUUUCAGCAGGCUUCCUGUUGUAUACGACAUUGUUAUCUUCUCCAUACAUGGCUACUUUGGGCAAGCAGAUGUCCUGGGUUUGCCUGAUACUGGAGGCCAGGUGGUUUACAUUCUUGAUCAAGUCAAAGCUCUAGAAGAAGAGCUGCUGUUAAGGAUAAAGCAGCAAGGCCUGAAUGUGAAGCCCAAUAUUCUUGUGGUGACUCGUCUAAUCCCGGAUGCGAAAGGGAACAAAUGCAAUCAAGAAAUGGAGCCUAUUGUUAAUACCAAGCAUUCGCACAUCCUCAGGGUUCCAUUUAACACUGAGAAAGGAGUUCUUGGACCAUGGGUCUCCCGUUUUGACAUCUACCCUUACUUGGAAAGGUUUUCUCAGGAUGCUACUGCAAAGAUCCUUGAGCUGAUGGGAGGUAAACCAGACCUUAUAAUCGGGAACUACACGGACGGAAACUUAGUUGCCUCUUUAGUGGCUAGCAAACUUGGAGUGACUCUUGGAACAAUUGCUCAUGCUCUGGAGAAGACCAAAUAUGAAGAUUCAGAUGUCAAGUGGAGGGACUUAGAUUCAAAAUACCAUUUCUCUUGCCAAUUCACUGCUGAUCUGAUAGCAAUGAAUGCUGCUGAUUUCAUAAUUACCAGCACAUAUCAAGAAAUUGCUGGAAGCAAGAAUCGGCCUGGACAAUAUGAAAGCCAUGUGGCGUUCACGAUGCCAGGGCUUCAUAGGGUAGUUUCGGGCAUCAACGUGUUUGAUCCAAAGUUCAACAUUGCUUCCCCUGGAGCUGAUCAGUCUGUCUACUUUCCGUUCUCGGAGAAACAGAAGCGAUUCACCAAAUUUCAACCUGCCCUUGAGGAGCUACUCUUCAGUAAGGAGGACACUGAGGAGCACAUUGGAUUUCUUGCAGACAGAAAGAAACCAAUCAUCUUCUCAAUGGCAAGAUUCGAUAUUGUCAAGAACAUUACUGGAUUAACUGAGUGGUACGGGAAGAAUAAAAGGCUUCGAAACCUAGUCAACCUCGUUAUUGUAGGAGGAUUCUUCGACCCAUCCAAAUCACAAGACCGCGAAGAAAUGGCUGAGAUCAAGAGAAUGCAUGCCUUGAUUGAUAAAUACCAACUCAAGGGUCAUAUAAGAUGGAUAGCAGCUCAAACUGACAGAUAUCGGAACGGUGAGCUGUAUCGGUUUAUUGCAGACACUAAGGGAGCUUUUGUGCAGCCAGCAUUAUAUGAAGCAUUCGGCCUAACUGUUAUCGAAGCCAUGAACUGUGGACUGCCCACAUUUGCCACGAACCAAGGAGGGCCAGCAGAGAUUAUAGUCGAUGGGAUCUCAGGCUUCCACAUUGACCCCAACAAUGGUGAUGAAUCAAGCAACAAGAUAGCUGAUUUCUUUGAGAAAUGCAAGGGGGAUAGUAGAUAUUGGAAUAGAGUGUCUCUAGCAGGCCUUAAACGCAUAAACGAUUGCUAUACAUGGAAGAUCUAUGCAAACAAAGUCUUGAACAUGGGAUUAGCCUAUGGAUUCUGGAAGCAGUUGAACAAAGAGCAGAAACAAUCGAAGCAACGAUACAUUGAUGUGUUCUACAAUCUCCAGUUCAGGAAGCUGGCCAAGAAUUCAACUAUCCCUGGUGAAGAAAGCAAAGCAGAGCCAGCAGCGGCACCAACACCGGCACCAGCAGAAAAAGAAACAAAGCCAGCACCAAAACCAAAGGCACGAGAUUCAGCUCCACCGGCAUCAGAACAAACAAAGAAGCCAGAACCAAGGAUUGAAGAUGUAAAACAAGAGAGAAUUCAGAAUGCCGAAUACUCAAGAAUAACUCGUGCAGCUUGUGCCGGACACUGGCUAUGUCUUUGCAUCUCUACCUCAGUCAUCAUCUAUGGCUUGCUGAAGCUAUAUGGGAUGUUUAAAAGAUGAGAGCUCGAUUGAAACCACAGAAUGCAUGAAGAGGCAAGUAUGAAGAAAACGGGAGGUGGCAGCCUAAAUAUGCAUGUAAAAAGCAAUGGAAAAUAAUGGAUUUGAUGCAUUCUUUUCUUCUACUUAAUAAUGUGUUUCCACACAAUCAUGGGAUCAAUCUAUAAUUUAGACUUCUUUCCACUUACUUCAUAUGUGAUUUUGUCUCUUGAAAUACAUGGAGUAUGUAUUUAUAGGUAAAUGCAUCACUUUUGGUGAUGUACAAACAAUUAUCCAAUGUUAAUAAAAAUUUAAUU